AGCUCUUCAAGUUAGUGAUAAUUUUAAAUGGCAGAUAUUAUAAUGGUAUAUGUGUCGAAUACCAUCCUUGACAGUUUGUGUGCAUACUUACAACAAUGUUUCAUUGAAGGAAAUAAAAUGAUACAAAGUGUUGACAAUUUUAAAAAUGUGUGAAAAUACAUGUAUAAUGGCAUGAUAAAGUGUUGUCUUAUUCGUGAAGAUAUGGGAGUUAAGCAGUAUCUGCUAAUUGUUUUGUUUAAAUUUUGUACGGAAGUGAUACUUAGUGAUAUGUCCAAGGGAAUUACAAAGUCAUGCGUGCUUAAUUUCUCGUGCAAACUACCGUGCAGACUGACCCCGUCGUAUCCGAAUAGUAAUGUGGAAGUACGAUGGUUUAAUGGUAGACACGAAAUGCUUUCGCGUGGAUACAAAAUGGUGAGGUACAAUAAACAAAUGAAGGUAGAAAAACCUGGCUUUGGCGAGUUUGAACUUAAUAUACUGAAACUGACCAGACGAUUUGCGGAUACUUACAAGUGCAGAACAACGAAUGGGACCAUUUUGUCAGAGGUCACAGUUGCCCUAGAACACACACCGACAAUAGAAGAGGAUCAAUCGUCGCCAGCUCAUGUUAUUAUCCGUGAACAUUCAUUAGUUGAAUUAAAAUGUAUUUUUUCUGGGUUACCGGAACCGGAUAUAGUAUGGCACCGAGGUUCGACACAGAAAUUAAUUGAAGGUAUCAAGGGACCUAAAUUGAUAAUUCGGAACGUUCCAAGAUAUGCCAGUGAUAAUUACACUUGUAAAGCAACAAACGAUCGCGGAUUCAAGGAAAAAUCUAUACAACUCACUGUUCAGUUUUUACCGGAAGUAAGUGUAAUGGAGUCUGUGAUACAUGUCGCACCCAGUGAAGCGGUGACAAUGGGCUGUGCUAUUCAAGCAUCCCCAAUGAAAGAGACUUUUUGGAUAAACAGUAAGGGCCUGAGAAUUAAAACAGAUUGGAAAUAUGAGGUUUUAGAAGAAGAAGAAAAUGAUAAUUUUCCAGUGCGCUUUCUCGAGCUCCGUAUAAAGGAACAUAGGAUUUCAGUGCACGAUAAGGGCAAUUACACGUGCCACGCCGAGGGAGAAAAUGGUGGAACCAAUGAGACAGUAUUACUUGUUGUGAAUACUUAAAAUUUAGUGUAACUAUUUGAAUACUUCCUGUAGGGAAGGAAAAGCUACUUGCACUUAUACAGGAUUAAUAUGGUCAUGUUCGAGAUCAGUAUACAAUUCGCCAUUUAAAAAAAUGCAAUUUAUCUUGCAAAUAAUCCGUACAUGUGUAUGUUAAUAGCGGAAUUCUUCGAAGGACAUUAAAUAUGAGACAUAUAAAUAAGAGACAUAUAAUAAGAUUAAACUUACUGCAGGGAUAUCACGUGGAUUACGAUAACGAGCGAGAAUUUUUGAGAUUAGAGAUUCAGCUUCAAUGGCUGAACUCCGGUUAUAAUAAUUAUUGUUUUGUUACUGUUAAAAGACUAAUGAAUAAAUUGAUUCUAUCUAAAUUGUAA